AUGUCUUCCUCUAUCGAGAAAGAUGAUGGUCCCAUGCUUCCAAUCUCAUCCUCAUCAUCAUCAUCAUCUCGUACUAGGUCUUUCACUUCCAAGUUUCGUAGCUAUUCCCUCGCAAACACUUCUUCCACCAUUGAUAGAUUCGACAGCUCCAAUGUGGUUCUAGGCUACAUGGCUCCUCUUCGAACCUAUAUACGACCACCAUCAGUGCAAACGAGUGCCUCUUUUCCCUCUACUCGCAUUCCUGAGCCUCUCUUUCUUCAUCCUACUCCGAUUGGUGGUUCUUCUCAUUCCAUUGGUGUCUCUUCCUCCUCUCAGCCAAAGAGCUCUCCUUCUUUUGCUGCCCUCGAAUACAAAAACUCUACAGCUUGCCCGUCUUACUACAACCCCAAACCUGCCCAAAUCACACCUUCUAGGUCCCAUAAUGCUAUGUGUGAUGAUGCUAAAGGCUGGGAUACGCGGUCGGUUAAUAGAAACUUGACCGGAAUCAUCAAUCCUCACUACAAAUUCGUUCAGAGGUGGACUAGAUUAUUUGCCUUAUGGUUGGUUAUUUUUAUAGAUCCUCUCUUCUUGUUCCUAAUAAAAGUCAAAAAGAACGAUAAAUGCAUUAUGAUCGAUUGGCCGGUGGCUAAAGCAUUUAUAGCUGUUAGAAGUGUAACGGAUGUUUUAUUCUUUUUAAACAUUCUGCUUCAGUUCCGUUUGGCAUAUGCAGCUCCUGAGUCUACUGUUGUUGGUGCUCGCCAGUUGUUUGAUCUUCCUAGAAAAAUUGCUCGUCCUUACUUGCGAGGCAAGUGUUUACUGGACUUAUUCAUAGUGCUGCCACUUCCACAGAUAUGGAUAUUUUGGAUAUUACCAGCACACUUAGGCGCAUCUGGGGGAAACUAUGCAAAAAACUUUCUAACCGCUGCAGUUCUUUUCCAGUACAUUCCAAAAUUGUGUAGACUAUUACCACUUCUUGCUGGAAAAACACCGGCAGUCUUCCUAUUUGAUUCGGCUUGUAGUUUUGUUGUUAACCUUCUCACCUUCAUGCUUGUUGGUCAUGUUGUUGGCUCUUGCUGGUAUCUUUUUGGUCUACAGAGGGUUAAUCAUUGCCUUCGAGAUGCUUGCGGUAAUUCUCAUCAAGAAUGCAGAGAACUAAUAUAUUGUGGUCAAGAAAAUAGUCAUGUAGCGUUAGCUGCGUGGAAAGAUAAUGCGAAUGCAAGUGCUUGUUUUCAAGAGGAUGGUUUUCCUUAUGGAAUCUAUUUAAAGACAGUCAAUCUCACCAAUCAUUCUAGCCUCUUCACAAGAUACAUUUACUCUCUUUUAUGGGGUUUCCAGAAUUUCCUUCAAGCUCUUGGACAAAGGUAA